UAUCGCAAGAACCCCCGUUUUGGUGACGAGUUGCUUCGAGCCGAGUUUGCACUCUCACACAUCACUUGUACGGUCUCAUGGUGCGCUCCUCCUCUGCGCCAUCCCGAGAAGAUAGACCGUUGGAUCCCUCACUCCAAGGUCACCGAGGCAACUUUCGUUCAGGGCGCCGAUGUCUACGAGGCACGUUGGCUCUACGAUCACAAGUUCCAUCCCACUAUCUUCACCACGCUCAACGGACAAAAGGUGCAGACGCCCCCCAUGAUGGAACACGACUACCUCGGAGUGCUGGCCAAGCCGAAACACACCAGCUUUGUGCAUGACAAUCCUCUCCUGUACUGUGAUAGUUUGAACUCAAGCAUCUUCAGCCGGUUCUUCGGACUCACCAAGAAGCGCUUCCCCGUGUCAACGUCUCGCGCUCGCUCGUUGAUCUGGAAGGCCUGGAAGGAACGUGUCGACUUUGAUGGUGUCAUCGUUCGCUGGAUGGAUGAACGACUCUUGCGCCGAGAUAAGACCCUCGCUCCCUACUGGCGUAGUCGGGAUCGCGGUGACCUUGCUUCGGCCAAGAAGUAUCUGGAUGUCCGCGCAGACACCAUCACAGCCAGUGCAGAUCUGGACGACAACAUCUCUAGCUGGACCCCGCUUGCCGUGAAGAUCAGUGAUCUUUUCAACUUUGGCCCUGGUGGUGAUGCAGUCGUCAACACUAGAUCCAAGGACUUUGGCGCUGAUACGGAGAAGAGCCUGCAUGUCAUGGCUGCUGACAAUGGUACCUGGCCAAACGAAGGAGGUGGCGUUUCUGCAUGCCGACGCGAUAUGAUCAACUCCCUGAGGACUAUCAAGUGGCAUAUGAUUUGCGAGUCUGCCAAUGACUUUGGCAUUCCCAAGCACCAGACCGAGCAGAACAUUCUUUCCUUGAAGGUUGUCCCUCUCUGGGGUCUCGACUUCCUCACGCCCACGCACGGUCUCUUCAGGAACAAGCUGGACUCGGAAGUAGAGAAUGUCACUUCCGCCAGUGAGAUGGACAUCAAGAUGAACUUCAUCCCCAUCUUGACGGCACUAGUCAAGGGAGCUCGCGCUAUCCAUCUGUCCAAGGCGGAUAUCCAGCAAGCGACUCGAGCCUUGGUCAAUCUCAACACCUACUUCCAAGAUUCCCGGCACUGGACCCAAGUCUGGGACAGUGAGAUUGUCAAGGAAAGCUGGCGCGACCUGUGGCUCAGUCAAGAAAUGCCCAACACCGUCCCUUCGUCUGAAUGGUUCCGCACGGAACUCCCCACGCUGGCCUCUCUCGACAUUGCACUGGAACUCUGGUAUCGCUACCUGUUCAUCUUCUCGAUUCCAAUCCCCGAGAAGAUCCCCAAUGUCUUCCAAGCAUCGCACCACAGUGUCAGUGCAUCUUACGGUGUCGUCUGCAAGGUGAAGAGAAACUGCACACUCCAGAUCUGGGACCAUGCCAUCAGUUGGCGUGAGACCAACCUCUGCCUGUCAUCCGCACUUUGCAAGCUCUCUCCCUUCGUCCGCAACUCCCUACUCGGCCUCAUGCGCGUCACCUCGGUCCUAACCCUGCACCACGCCGAUAUCAUCUCCCCCUGCGCCGACUUCUUCAACCCAGGCUGGGAAGUCGAGAUCGGCACCUGCCAGGGCACCAUCGAGCACCGCAACGUCUUCCGCCGCAAGGUCGACCCCGUCGUCAACGGCAUCACAGACAUGCAGAAGUUUGCCCCCGUCAAAGAGAUCAAAUCCCAGCGCCCAACCGUCACCAUGUUAUCCCACGUCUGGUACGCCAAAGACAUCGAAAUCGCCCUCCUGGCCGCGGACAUCAUCAUCAACCAGUGGAAGUUCGACGACUACCACCUUGACAUCUACGGAGCCAUCGACAAAGCCCCUACCUACUCCACGGAAUGUCAAGAAAUCAUCGCCUCCAAGGGCCUCCGCGGCAAAGUCACCCUCCGCGGCACCGCCGACCCCAUGAAAGUCCUCGAGAACACCUGGCUCUUCCUCAACUCUUCCCUCUCCGAAGGUCUCCCCCUCGCCCUCGGCGAAGCCGCCCUAACCGGCGCCCCCGUCGUCUGCACCGACGUCGGCGCCUCCCUCCGCGUCCUCAGCGACCCAGAUGACUUCUCCCGCUUCAGCGCCGUCGUCGCCCCCAACGACGCCCUCGCCCUCGCAAAGGCCCAAAUCACCAUGCUCGGCCUCCUCGGCGAAUGGAGCAAGUACGCCGAAGACGACGCUCCACCACCAGUGCUUACCUCCUCCCCGACCCCCGACGACGUCGCCAAGAUCACCCGUCGCAUGUACGAGAAGAGCGAGCACCGUCGCAAACUGGGAAUGAUGACCCGCAAGAUCGUCCAGAAAUCCUUCAGCGGUGAUCGCUACCUCCGUGAACAUGAGCAAAUGCUCUGGAUCGGCAAAUCCGCUAAGAUCAUGGCCAACCGUCCGCACGUCAACCUCCAAGAGCCCACGGACGUCGCCACGGCGCUGCAGCAGACCCUCCCCAUCGACGAAGAAGUCAUCACUAUCCCCCGCAGCGCGGUCAACUCCUGGCGCUCGUCCGCUGCAUCAGGCAUGUCCACUCUCUACAGCUCCGUCUCGAACUUUCCGAUGCUGCCCACCGGCAAUCAACGUCCUUCGUCUAUCCGGUCCAGUCUAAGUAAUACCUCCACGGACGCGAGCUCCUUCAUGCGCCUCCCCAGCAGCGCUUCCCUCCCUGUCUUUGCACCCCGGCAGACACUGUCUUUCUCCGGUGGACCAGGCGGAGAUACUCAUCUUUCCCCUGGUCGUUUGUCGCCGGUGGUGAGCCGCUCCGGACGUCAUUCGCGCUCUCAGUCUAUUUCUACCGCUGGAAGAGAGCAGCUGCGUGGUCUGCAACGUGAGGAUCUGCAUCAGUAUCGCAACUCAGAUGUCAGCAUGAUUAUGAGAGAGGAGUUUCUGCAAUCGAGCAUUUUCAGGGGCAUUGAAGGUGGCAGUGGUGGUAGCAACAUCGUCUGA